CAGUCUCAGAGGUCUCAGACGGAGGCAGUGACGUUUCUGGCCAACCAUGACGACAGCAGAGCCCUGUACGCCAUCCCAGGUCUGGACUACGUGAGCCAUGAAGACAUCCUGCCCUAUAACUCCACAGAGCAGAUCCCCAUCCAGCACGAGCUGUUUGAGCGCUUCCUCAUGUACAACCCUGCCAAAUCUCCUCCGUUCACAGCCAGAGACACCCUGAAGGCGUGGCAGGAGAAGAACCACCCCUGGCUGGAGCUCUCAGACGUCCACAGGGAGACCACUGAGAACAUCCGAGUCACCGUCAUCCCCUUCUACAUGGGCAUGAGGGAGGCCCAGAACUCCCAUGUUUACUGGUGGCGGUACUGUAUCCGUCUGGAGAACAUGGGCAACGAGGUGGUUCAGCUGAGAGAGAGGCACUGGAGGAUCUUCAGCCUGUCAGGAACCCUGGAGACGGUGCGAGGGCGAGGAGUCGUAGGCAGGGAGCCCGUGUUAUCCAAAGAGCAGCCAGCCUUUCAGUACAGCAGCCAUGUGUCCCUACAAGCCCCCAGUGGUCACAUGUGGGGGACGUUUCGUAUUGAGAGGACUGAUGGCUCCCACUUUGACGUUCGCAUUCCUCCUUUCUCCCUGGAGAGCAACAAAGACGACAAAGCGCCGCCGGCUGGCUACACGUUCUAACUGCGAGUAGUCGCCUCCCACCUGUGAGGCCCCGGACACGUUGUCAGUCCUGGUCCUGGUUCUUUAGAAUUGCCCUCCCUCUGUAACAUUGCCUCAGUCUUCAGCAUAAGAGUAACGCGGGUUAUGCAAAGGGAAAAUAUUGCAUCUUCUAGAUCAUCUGUGAGUAGUCAACUGCAAUAUAUCACUGAUUGAAUCAUAUAGGUUAGUGAAAUGAUUGGCGUCUGCGCGUCUUCGCUCCAUGUUGUGUUGGAGGAGACACGCACGGUCAAGUGGAAGGGAGGUUGGGAAGAGGAGUCAGUGUUGCCAAGCUGAGCUGGAUGUGUUGUGCAUCCAGCAGCUGAAAUAUUGAGCUGGUUGUUUUUAUAGCGAGAGUAUUCCCUGCUGAGCUGCGGGGACGUGGACCGAGCAGCAGCUCCAGCUGAGCUUCAUACUGAAUACUGAAGUCAACAAGUAAGCCAUCACUUAAAGUACACGUUACAACCUCCUUUAUGUAAACAGGACCUAUGACUUUUAUGCCGGACCCUAUUUUCCUGUCAUUGUUUUUUAAUUAUAAUACUGCUCUGUUGCAGUUUAGUUACGUCAGACCUCUGCGAGAGGGAAAUCAGACUGAAUUCUGGGCUGUUUUUAGUGCUGAAGUUGCAGUGUUUUACAGCACUGAAGCACAGUGGAGGGAAUUAGGAGUGACUGACGCUGAUGAGCAGAAAAAGACUCCUUCAAGGUCCAGUGUUUAGGUCUAAGGGGCAUAUAUCGACAGAAAUGGAAUAAAAUAUUCCCAACUAUAUCAGGGUUUACGCUAGAUUUUUUGACGACCAGCAUGGCCAUAGUGAAAAUGUACUGGAGGUAUGUUUUAAAUAGCCAUAUGACGGCGUUUACAUAUAACAGCUUACAUUUAAAUGGCGUCACCAUAAAUAACAAGCUCACUGUCCACAGUCUGGCUCGCUUUGAUAAAGCAGAUCUCCGGUCUAAUCUAUAAGCAGACCGGCGAUGUGUUUGAGGUUUCCGUGGAAAACGUGAUGCUACGACGUCACCAAACUACACCGAGCACACUAAGACAAGACCACGACUGCCGCUGAUGCAGCGUACACUCUGAAGAGGCACGGACCCUCUCUGCACGGCUUCAGUGGAUAAACAGAUCCUCCUGUAAUUAAAAUCUGAUCUGCAUAAUACACGUUUAUACCGAAGUUGUUUUGGCACCUUAUCUUAUAGGUCACACAAUGUUAGGUUAUUUAAUAUGCUAUUAAUUUAUUUAUUUAUUUGGCAUAUUUCCAGUCAGACAUUUUGGCUGUUGAUAUUUUGAUAUGCAGGAAAAUAACACAUAAUAUCUGCAGAAAAGCUGGCAUAUGUCUGCUAGCGUAAACCCUGAUAACUAUGUUUUUAUUAGUAUAUUAUCACCUGAAAGUUACAACUGUGUUUCAUUUCCUUAGAUGAGCAGUUUAUAUCCACAAUCAGAGCUCUUCCACGGAGUCUGCCACGUGUUUCUACGGUAGCCCAGAACGGACAAUCGAAGUGCUGGCUCUAGUUUGGGCCAUUUGUGUUUUUGAUUUGGCCGCUGUAGCUUUGCACACGGGAGAAGUUUCAGUUGGUUGCAGUCUGCAGCCUCGCCACUAGAUGUCCCUAAAUCCUACACACUGGACCUUUAAUCUUUAAAUCUUCAAAUCAAAUCUCCAAAAAUGAAUUUUCAGUUAAAAUAUAUAUAUCAAACAGUCAAAUUUAAACUCCCCUUCUACAGUCUAACUUAGUCUGUGCAGAGAGAUCUAUCAGGUUUGAACGUCUUAGAAUAAAGCCUCAGGUCUCUUGGCGGUCUCUCAUUUGUCCCUUUGUCACAUGGACAAGCCGUCAAACCGUUUUUUUCUUGUUUUUGUGUUUUUUUGUUUUGUUUUUUAAGGAUGGCUUACCUGAGGCAGAUAAACAUCUGCGCCAUAUUCUCUACAUUUCUAUAUGAUCGAUUCAGCUGCACUGAGUCAAAAAUACUCUUUAUUCCUUCAUUUGAGUAAUCAUUUUGAUGAACCUGUUACAGAUUUGUGUGGAGAGCUUUUUUGAGUUCAUAACUGCCAAGAAAGCAGCCACAGAGACUUCCGGAUGUAGAUGUAUUUAACCCUUAAAUCAAUGGUCACAACUUCACUUCACACUGAGCUCUAUUUAAGGGAUAAUGUGACCCAUAAAAACAGAAAGCUGCCACAGUUAUCAUUUUGGUAGGGAGUUAAUUCUGUAAUUAUAUUUGUACAUAAUUUUAGUUAUUUUUUUGAUCAGUGCUUUAAAAACUUAAUUCCAUCCACUGUGCUUCAGAGUUGUGAAAGAUCAAACUAAAAAAGUCAGGGGGGCGGGGAUGGAGAUUUUUCAUAAGCAGUGACGUUUAUGUGUUGACAGCCAAAAAAAGAAUCCCUCCUUUGCUGGAGAGGAGGUGAGAGUCGGGUCUGAGUCGUCUUUGAAUAACAGAUGCAGCACACCAUAAUGUACUUAAACAUGGCUGUUCGCAGCCAGUGUUGUGGAUAACAGGAGAGGAGCGUGUGUGUGUGCGAGUGUGUGAGUGUGUGUGUAUUUCUUCUCUGUAAAAACCAGAAUGAAGUCUUCAUCCCGUACACACACGCCGGAUGUUGUUCGUUAAGGCUGACUGUUUGACUUUAGAAGCUCUGUAACGCAAAAAAGUCGUGAGGCGGGCAAGAAAUUCUCUCUGGUGAAGUGAAGAAAGAAACUAACAUUUGUUUUGAUAAGGAAAAGUGAUUUGAAGCAACUUUGAUGGUUGAAAAACUACUGUAAAUAGAGAUGUAAUUAAAGGCAAAAACAAAUAAAUAAUACCUUUUAAAAAGCA